AUGGCCAGCCUUGCAUCCAGCGCGCUGAGGCGGUCGGCUCGCUCGGUGAGCUGCCCGGCCUCUGCCGCUCCUUUGCGAUGCGCCGCGCUCUCUCGCGCCGCCCUGGUGGCGACGGGCAGGAGGGGGCCGGCCUCGCGAAGGGGCUACGUCUCCGAGUCCAGGACCGACAAGGCCAAGGUCGAGACGGCCAUCAAGCUCGACAAGAAGGACUUUGCCGACAUCCCCCCGCCUCAGAUGGGCGUGCCGACGGACGGCAAAGUGAGCCCCAUGGCCGAGGUCCUUAAGCAGGCCGCCGUCAUGGAAGAGGGCCAACGGCCCAUCUACCUCGACAUGCAGUCCACGACGCCCGUCGAUCCGCGCGUUCUCGAUGCCAUGAUGCCUUUCUACGUCGGCGUCUACGGCAAUCCCCACUCUCGGACGCACGCCUACGGAUGGGAGAGCGAGAAAGCCGUUGAGGAGGCGCGCGAGCACGUGGCCAAGCUCAUCGGUGCCGACCCCAAGGAGAUCAUCUUCACCAGUGGCGCCACCGAGAGCAACAACAUGAGCAUCAAGGGCGUUGCCCGCUUCUUUGGCCGCUCUGGCAAGAAGAAGCACGUCAUUACCACGCAGACCGAGCACAAGUGCGUGUUGGACAGCUGCCGGCAUCUGCAGGACGAGGGCUUCGAGGUCACGUACCUCCCGGUGCAAAACAACGGCCUGAUCCGGAUGGAGGACCUCGAGGCCGCCAUCCGUCCCGAGACGGCCCUCGUGAGCAUCAUGGCCGUCAACAACGAGAUUGGCGUCAUCCAGCCCAUCGAGCAGAUCGGCAAGCUGUGCCGGGAGAAGAAGGUCUUUUUCCACACCGACGCCGCUCAGGCCGUGGGCAAGAUUCCCCUCGACGUCAACGCGAUGAACAUCGACCUCAUGUCCAUCUCCUCGCACAAAAUCUACGGCCCCAAGGGCAUUGGCGCCUGCUACGUCCGGAGACGUCCCAGGGUCCGCCUGGACCCCAUCAUCACCGGUGGUGGCCAGGAACGUGGUCUGCGAAGCGGCACCCUGGCUCCCCCUCUGGUGGCUGGCUUUGGCGAAGCCUGCCGCAUCGCCUACGACGAGAUGGCGUAUGACUCGAAGCGAAUCAAGGCUCUGUCGGACCGCCUGCUCCAGGGCCUCCUUUCCUUGGAGCACACGAGCCAGAAUGGCGACGAAAACGCCUUCUACCCCGGCUGCGUCAACGUGUCCUUUGCCUAUGUUGAGGGCGAGUCGCUGUUGAUGGCGCUCAAGGACAUUGCGUUGUCGUCUGGCAGCGCCUGCACGUCGGCUUCUCUGGAGCCCAGCUACGUCCUGCGGGCUCUCGGCAACAGCGACGAGAGCGCCCACAGCAGCAUCCGGUUCGGCAUCGGCCGAUUCACGACCGAGGCUGAGAUUGACUAUGUGCUGAAGGCAGUGCAGGAGCGCGUCAACUUCCUGCGGGAGCUGAGCCCGCUCUGGGAGCUCGUGCAGGAGGGCAUCGACCUGAACACGAUUCAGUGGAGCCAGCAUUAA